ACACACUACUAGAUCUCACAUCUCACUUCACACAACAAAACCAAACAACAACAACUCUCUCCACUUUGCUGACUACGGUCACCCUUUGUUCACCUGCCCGACUCACUUCACACACAAACCAAAAGCUAAACCAACCUGCCCGUUGCCCUUUUUCUCACAACCUAAGAUUAUUAUAACUAUUUAAUAAAGCUUCAUAUGUUGUCUCUUUUACUGCGCUUUUUUCUGUUCAAAUUCGUUACUUUGUUUUCUCUUGUUGUUACAUAGAACAACGAGAUUGCUUUCUCUUUCUAUCUCUAGCCUUACUGCAUUGUCUUCUUCUACUUAUUACUUCAGAAUCUCUUCUCACUUCCAUGCAUUUUUCAUAAAGUCUUGUUCUUUCUCUCUCUAAAUGAACUUGUUCUUGUUUCUUAGCUGAAAAUAUUAUUAACUGAUUUUUGAGGUGUAUAUGAAGUAGAAGGGUCAAAAUGGGAGAUGAAAGUUCAAAGAAAACUAAGCUCUCGUGGUCGAAGAAAAUGGUGAGGAAGUUUUUUAAUAUCAAGAGCAAAUGUGAAGAUUCUAUAGCUGAUGAUGUUGUUUAUGGAGGAAGUGAGGUUGAAUAUGGAAGUAGGAAUAGCUUCUCUGAGAGAGAGCCAUGCACAAUCAAAAAGAGCAAAACAGAGAAGUUUAGUAGGAACAGCAGUCAGGUUAGGCGGGGAAGAAUGAAUCUCGACCAUCCUCGAAUUAUCGAUGUGCAGAACUAUAGCAUUUUUGUAGCUACAUGGAAUGUAGCUGGAAGAUCACCACCAAGUAAUUUGAAUGUAGAUGAUUGGCUUCAUUCCUCACCACCAGCUGACAUUUAUGUUCUUGGAUUUCAAGAGGUAGUUCCAUUGAAUGCCGGUAAUAUCCUAGGGGCAGAGGACAAUGGCCCUGCCAAAAAAUGGCUGGCUCUUAUCAGAAAGACUUUAAACAAUCUUCCUGGAACAAGUGGAAGUAGUGGAUGUUAUACACCAUCUCCAAUUCCUCAGCCAGUAGUGGAGCUGAAUGCAGAUUUCGAGGGAUCAGCUAGGCAGAAGAAUUCGUCUUUCUUCCACAGACGAUCGUUCCAGACGACUUCUAGUGGUUGGGGAAUGGACAAUGAUCCUUCAAAUUCUCAGCCGCAAGUUGAUCGAAGAUACAGUGUAUGCGACCGUGUAAUUUUCGGUAACAGGCCCAGUGACUUUGAUCCUAGUUUGAGAUGGGGCUAUAGGCCUAGUGACUAUUCAAGAGCAAGUGACUACUCGAGACCGAGUGAUUAUUCAAGAUGGGGUUCGUCUGAUGAUGAUAAUGGCCUUGUGGAUUCACCGAGUACAGUCUUAUUUUCUCCAAUGUCAACUAAUGGUGGAUCUGCCUCUAAUGAAGAUGGAUAUAGCAUGCCGGGACAUUCAAGGUACUGCCUUGUUGCAAGUAAGCAAAUGGUGGGAAUUUACCUUACUGUAUGGGUAAAAGGAGAACUCAAAGAUCAUGUCCGAAACAUGAAAGUAUCGUGUGUUGGCAGAGGAUUGAUGGGUUAUCUCGGAAAUAAGGGAUCCAUCUCAAUUAGUAUGUCUGUGCAUGAAACAAGCUUUUGCUUUAUAUGUAGUCAUUUAACCUCAGGACAGAAAGAGGGUGAUGAACUAAGAAGAAAUUCUGAUGUACUGGAAAUUCUUAAAAAGACUAGGUUUCCCCGUGUUCAUGGCGUGGACAACGAGAAAUCUCCUCAGACAAUCCUCGAGCACGAUCGAAUUAUAUGGCUUGGAGAUUUGAAUUAUCGGAUCGCUCUCUCCUACCGUUCUGCGAAGGCACUUGUUGAGAUGCAAAAUUGGAGAGCAUUGUUAGAAAAUGAUCAGUUGAGAAUAGAGCAAAAAAGAGGUCGCGCAUUUGUGGGAUGGAACGAAGGGAAGAUAUAUUUUCCUCCAACAUACAAGUAUUCAACUAAUUCAGAUCGAUACUCAGGAGACGAUAUGCACCCCAAGGAGAAAAGGAGAACACCUGCAUGGUGUGACCGUAUUUUAUGGUACGGAGAAGGUCUCCAUCAGUUAUCUUAUGUUCGCGGGGAAUCAAGAUUUUCAGACCAUAGACCUGUUUAUGGCAUAUUUUGGGCUGAGGUUGAGUCAACUCAUGGAAAAUUGAAGAAAAGUAUGAGUUGUUCUGGUUCCAGAAUUGAGGUGGAUGAACUUAUGCCAUAUUCCGGGGGAUAUACUGAACUAAACUUUUUCUAAAGAUAUGGAAGGCCGAACCAGAAACGUGUCCAUCCAUAAUCAACAAAAUGGUCCCCAUUUACCAAUAGGGAUUUUACUUUGAAGAAAUUCUUUCAAUGGAGGGAGAUAGAUAGGGACAACCCAUUUCCCACAUACCGAAAAAGUUUACAAUCUCUAGUUUUGGUGCUUUCCCUAACACAUGAUCAAUACAACACAUCAUCUUGAUACCAAAUUAACAAACACUCAAAGUUUCCCUUCUAACAAUCAUUAGGUAGUUGAACAGAAGAUUCUUUUUUAUUCAAGAUUUUUUAUAAUUGAUUUUAGGGAAUAUUUAUGAUGACUGAAUGAAGGUGGAAGAUUGUCAGAAUAAUCAUUUGGCACUAACUUUAUUUAAUGUAAUGUAAAGAGAAUGAGAGUUUUGAUGUAUAGUGAUUGCUGCCACAGUAAAAAAGAUAUUGAAGUUCAUAAUUGAUUCCAGAAAUUCUCUUGUGCUGAGUUCUCUGUCUGUGUCUGCAAUCUGCAUGAUAGUUUUUUUACUGAUAAAGUUGGUUUUGACAUCAAAAUCAAAUAGUAAAGCACUAUUGUUGCUGAGGCUCGUGAGUAUCAGGGUUUAAAUUCUGAUGACGUUCAACCUUAUAAUAUCGACUUCUGUCAAUUCAGCCAAUAUUUCUUUUUACUAAUGAGGAACUGUAUUUGAGUAUUUAGCAAAACCAAAAGAGGCAUGCAAGUUUGGGAGGGAAAAUUGUUGGAAGUUCUAUUAUACAACAGGGCCCUCUCUAAUUUCAAGAUGCUAUUUACAUACCUUUCAAUUGCUGUUGUUUACUUUUGACUAGAUGGACCUUAGCUACUUUACCUUAUUACCUGUUUUUUUGGUGUGUGUGUUUAUUUAGGAUCCCUAAGAAAAGUUGAAACAUUAA